UUGAAGUCUUGAACGCUUCGUGCACGGUCAAGGUGUGUGCGCUGGAAAAACGAGGCGCGUGUGUGUGAAGCCACACUGAAGGCUGCAUGUGAUGAUGGUGAGGACCGUUCUCACAUGAGUAAGCGCGCCUCCGCAAAAACCAAAGAGGAAGGAGAGGAGGGCUGCAUUCCCAUUGACUGAGAGAGAGAGAAGGGGGGAGAGGGGGAGAGAGAGAGGUAGAGAGGACUCCGCCUUUACCGCCCCAACAUCCAGUUCCAGUCCGACGGCGGCGGCGCAGCCACCACCGAUCGACCGAAAGCACCAGGAGCCCAGUGUAGCUCGACCCGACAUCCCGGCGCAGAGAAACGGACAUGGGCUCCCCGUGAAACCGGGCGGUGGAGGGGAGAGGAGGGCCGGCGGGGGGUGGGGGGGAGCGACGACGAGAGCGUGGUGGGAGAAACACCCAGAGAGAGCGACAGAGAGCGGACAAACAAAAGCACAACCGAGCGGUGCCUGCAACCAUGAGCGGCUCGCACUAUUCGCCGGAGCUGCGGCUGGCGCUGCUGCCGCCGCGCCGCCCGCGGACCAUGUCGUGAGGUGUGGCUCGGAAACGCUCCGGGGAACCUGUCAGCCGAAACGACACGCCGAGGAGGAGCAGCAGGAGGUGGUGGUGGAGGUGGGGUGGUGGUCGAAAAGAUGUCCGCCUCGGUGGGGCCCCAGGGCGGCCCUCGCCCACCCACCGUGCCGCCAUCCAUGCCGGAUCUGCCGGACCUGAGCCACCUCACCGAGGAGGAGAGGAAGAUCAUCAUGGCAGUGAUGGCUCGGCAAAAGGAGGAAGAGGAGAAAGAACAAGCCAUGCUUAAAACGCUGCACCAGCAGUUCGAGAGCUACAAACAGGAAGUGCGUCGCAUCGGGGCCGAGACGCGACGCCAGCAGACGCUGCAGAAGGACGACGCACCGACGUGUGGAAUCUGCCGCAAGACCAAGUUCGCCGACGGCUGCGGCCACCUCUGCUCCUACUGCCAGACCAAAUUCUGCGCUCGCUGUGGAGGAAGAGUCUCUCUGCGCUCCAACAAUUGUCUCAUAGUGAAGGACAGGGUAAUGUGGGUAUGCAACCUGUGCCGUAAGCAGCAGGAGAUCCUCACCAAAUCAGGAGAAUGGUUUUCGGGUUCAGGGGUGCGGCCUGGGAGCCAGGGCAACUCCUUGACCGACCCGGCCACAGGAGGUGAGGCCCAGCGGGACACAAAGCUGCUCCGCUCCAGGUCCCAAGCUCCGCCCUCCAGCACCAACAGCGGGCCACAGACCGGCGUCCCUGCUGUCAAGAGAACCGACACCAUGCUGGGCUCUCGCUCCCAAAGCGAACCACCGAGAGAAAAGAAAAGGCCGGUUUCCCUCCAUGAACAGAAUGGUAAAGGAGGGAUGGGACGUGGUAGUGGACGGAGACCAGCUGGAAAGGUUCAGUCUCAGUCGUCUCUGGACGAACGGAUCGGACCUGCAGAACGAGAGAGGCGACUUGGAGAUGGACGACGGCUGGAGAAGAUCCAUUCUCAGGACUACGAAGAUGGAGAUGAAAACCUGAGUCGGUCAGAGAAACACCGGCGACGCCCAGAAGACGAGGAGCAGAGGGAGCGGCAGCGCAGAGAGGAGGAAUUCCAGAACCGGUACCGCAGUGACCCAAAUCUGGCAAGAUACCCGGUGAAACCGCAGAAGGAGGAGCAGGAGAUGCGAAUGCACGCCAAGGUGUCCAAGGUGAGGCACGAGCGACGGCACAGCGACCUUGCCAUCAAUGAAGUGGGACUGGAGGGAGGCAGCGGGGGAGGAGGAGCAGGGGAGGUGCCUGAGAACCGCCUGGCCAGGAGGGGCGGCAGUGGGGAGGGAGACCGUAAGGUCCCCUUGGAGAACCACCGGGCCUACUCCGUGGAUAGGACCGUGGGAGGGGGGGCGCCACCGGCCGGAGGUGGAGGGAGAUCAGGGCCUCAAACCGGGGGACCAGCGUCUCUGGACUGGGGCCCCAGCAACGGCCGCCUGGAGCCCACACGGACGUCACGGGACAAAGGUGGGGACAACCUGCUGAGGAAGGACUCUCAGAGCUCGGACCAGUCGGAGUCUCUGCGGCCCCCCCCACGGUCACACAAGAGCAAGCGCGGAGUCAACAGGAGGCAGAUGUCCAUCAGCAGCUCAGAGGAGGAGGGCGGCUCCACGCCCGAGUACACCAGCUGUGAGGACGUGGACAUGGAAAGCGUCAGCGAGAAAGGUGACUGGGACUGUCAUUCUCUAGAUCCUGCAGUGUGCCAUCAUCCAGUUACGUGGCAGCCGUCCAAAGAAGGCGACCACCUGAUUGGACGCAUCACGCUGAGCAAGAGGUCGGCGAUGCCCCGCGAGGCCGGAUCCCUCCUGGGCCUGAAGGUGGUGGGAGGGAAGAUGACGGAGACAGGGAGACUCGGGGCCUUCAUCACCAAAGUGAAAAAAGGCAGCCUGGCAGAUGUUGUGGGACACCUACGCGCAGGUGAUGAAGUGUUGCAGUGGAAUGGAAAGUCGUUGCCAGGAGCAACCAAGAAAGAAGUGUACAACAUCAUUCUUGAAUCCAAGGCCGAGCCUCUAGUGGAGAUUGUUGUUUCCAGACCUAUCGGAGACAUCCCAAGAAUCCCAGCGUCCCCUCACCCACCUCUAGAAUCCACGGGCUCCAGUUCCUUUGAGUCUCAGAAGAUGGACCGUCCCUCCAUAUCGGUGAUGUCCCCGACCAGCCCCGGGACCCUCAGAGACCUUCCUCUGGUCCUUCCCGGACAGCUCUCUGUAAAGCUGUGGUACGACAAAGUGGGUCAUCAGCUGAUCGUCAAUGUUCUUCAAGCCAUAGACCUGCCGGCCCGACCGGAUGGGCGACCGAGGAAUCCCUACGUCAAGAUGUACUUCCUGCCUGACCGGAGCGAUAAGAGCAAACGACGGACUAAAACGGUGAAGAAGAGCGCAGAGCCCAAGUGGAACCAGACCUUCCUUUAUUCCCACGUUCACCGACGGGACUUCAGAGAGCGAAUGCUGGAGAUCACUGUGUGGGAUCAACCCCGAGUCCAGGAGGAGGAGAGUGAGUUCCUGGGAGAGAUCCUGAUCGUGCUGGAGACGGCCUUGUUGGACGACAUUCCUCACUGGUAUAAACUGCAGACCCAUGACGUGUCCUCCAUCCCUCUGCCUCAGCCAUCGCCGUACCUCCCUCGAAGACAUGGAGGCCACGGAGACAGUCCCAGCAAGAAGCUGCAGAGGUCCCAUCGCAUCAUUGAUACAGAGUUUGAUGAUGGUUUGGUAGUAGUGACUAAAGGUGCAGAGCGAAACUCUAGAGAACGGGAGCGCGGCAGCAUGUUAGCGGUUCCCGAGCAGCAGCGGCCCGUCCAGCACCGAUCGCGCUCGGUGUCUCCUCACCGCGAGGACUCCUGCAGGGCUCGGUCUCGACCUGCUCACGUACCAAUGCAAAGAAGUUUGGAUGAGAUCCACCAGAACCGCCACCAUUCCCCGUCCCUCUACCACGAGCCUCACCUGGAACACCAGCGCUCAGGUGACUCGGACUACGAGUACUCUGAGGACAGUGAGGUCCUGGAGAUGCACAGGUCUGUCCGGGGCGGGAGUGCCGAGUGCCUGCACACAAACAGGGGCGUAGGUAGAUACAACAACACACUGCCCCCCAAAAUGCCCCUGUUAGUAAACGGUAUCCAUAAAGACAUUUACAGCGACCUGCAGCCGUCGUUGGACAGAGUGAGGAGUGCCAGCACUACAUGUCUGAGACCAGACUCCAACUUUCACUCCCCUGACAGAGACAGGUCCUCCAACUCUUUGCCCCGCAAGACUCCCCCAAGCCCCGAGAUCAUAGUAGAACAUGUGGCCCCUGAAGAAGACAGGCAGUGUAGCAAUUCAUCAAGUCCAGACUGUCACAGGGGCAGUAAGAAAAGCCUGGAGGGGGAGAGUCGUAUCCAGCCCACCUCUAUCCUGAGGGGCAGUCGAGGCCGAGGGGGUCCGCUGAGGCCAUUUGGCCACACAGUGCUGUCAGGGUCCUGUCCAAACUCUCCACGACUGGACAGAGCACACCCUCACGGCAGCCCCUCUCCUCCCACCGGGACGCCCUCAUCAGGUCGCAGGGGUAGGCAGCUGCCACAGCUUCCUGCAAAGAGCAGCAGCAUAGAGCAAGUCCUUACAGUUGAGGAUCGAGCCCGACAGCUGCCGAUGAAAGUACAUUCCUACCGGCCUUCAGCCUCCCACGACCCUAAGCUGGACCUCAAGACCAAACGGGAGAUGUACGCAGAGCGGAGGCGUAGCAGUGACAACAUGUCAGCCAGAUCUUCGGACAGCGAAUUGAGCGAUGGGUCGGCGCUCUCCCGAGCCAGCAGUGCCUCUCACCUCAGCUACAUAUCGGUCCAAUCCGAGCGGCCCGGAGGACGACUCAGUCGGCAGGUGCGUUCGAUGGGUGGCAGCAUGCUGAAGAGCUCCAGUGUGAGCGGUGAGAUCUACACGCAGGAGCGAACCGACGGCAGCCAAUCAGACACUGCGCUGGGAACGGUGGGCGGCGGCAGCAAGAAGAGACGCUCCAGCCUCAGCGCCAGAGUGGUGGCCAUCGUUGGCAACCGUCGCAGCCGCAGCACCUCCCAGAUCAGCGGACCCGAGGGGAAGAGUAAGAAGGAGAAGGGCGCCCCCAUCAAGAGGAGCACUGAGACCGGCAUGGCGGUGGAGCUGCCCAGGAACAUGAGCCGGCAGCCGAGCAGAGAGUCCAACAACGGCAGCAUGAACAGCUACAACUCUGAGGGAAAUUUGAUCUUCUCUGGAGUGAAUCUGGGUGCCAGCAGUCAGUUCAGUGAUUUCCUGGAUGGACUGGGACCAGCUCAGUUAGUGGGCAGACAGACUCUGGCUACUCCUGCUAUAGGUGACAUCCAGAUCGCUAUGAUGGAGAAAAAGGGUCAGCUGGAGGUGGAGGUUAUCAGAGCUCGAGGGCUCGUCCAAAAGCCAGGAUCCAAAUCUCUCCCUGCUCCAUAUGUCAAAGUCUACCUGCUGAAUAAUGGAGCGUAUGUAGCCAAAAAGAAAACCAAGAUUGCACGGAAAACACUUGACCCACUGUACCAGCAAGCACUGCUAUUCGAGGAGAGUCCACAGGGGAAAGUCUUACAGGUGAUUGUGUGGGGAGACUAUGGCCGCAUGGACCACAAGAGCUUCAUGGGAGUUGCACAAAUCCUAUUGGAGGAGCUGGACUUAUCAAGCACAGCCAUUGGUUGGUAUAAGUUGUUCCCGCCGUCCUCGCUGGUGGAUCCGACGCUCGCCUCUCUGACCCGGCGAGCUUCUCAGUCGUCCCUCGACAGCUCGUCUGGACCGCCGGGCGUCCGGUCAUAGUGGACCAACGACAACGAUAAAAAACAAAACUGCAGAAAGAAACAAAAACAAAAUGCGGCGGAAAAUGUAGAGGAACAGCAAUCAGAAGUGAGAAAGCUUUGUUGAAAAAUCUGACAAUCACUCCUGCCGUGGUUUAACGGUUUGUUGUUGGGAGCAUUUCAGUGUUUCAUAUCCAUUCAAAGAAGAAUCUCAUAGUUUUCUCUGUGUGCGGCGAAAGAAGCAAGGCUGCUGCAAUUCUGAAACGAAAGCAGGGUGGUUUUUAACUGAAUCAACAAUAGCGAAGAAAUGUAUGUAAGCGUCGGAAUGUAUGGACUGGAGACAGAGGUAAUCACCCUCCACGCCUGCAGGAGGCGCCGUCCUCCCUGCAGAGGCCUCCUCCAGAAGCCCAGCAGACUGUUGGUGCUCCCGACCCCAGGCAGGGAGCCCCCGCAUGGGCCUUCAGUCUGGAAGCACAGGGCCUCCUUCUGGUGCCUCGGACCUCGGAGCCGAUCGCUGGUCCCUUCUCUGUCGAAAGAUCCUCUUUUCAACAUGUUUACCAUGGCUGCACUGAAGCCGCACUGUUUUAGCGUGUUUGCUUUGUCGUUCAUUUCUUUCCCUUUGUUACUACUGGCACAAGAUGUUUCUACAGUGCUCAUGAUAAUGUCGUCAGUCUGGUGUGUGCAUGGAGAGAAAAAACAAAACACAAGAGAUAUAAAAAAAGGAUAUAAAAUCUAUUAAAUGUCUGCAAAGUGUUAUGCAGGUGGGGACUGUUGAUGAAGACACAGCUUAGAUUUUUACACUCGACAGUGAGAUUAGCGUUGUUUUCCUCGUUCCACUGCUGGCGAAGCGUCCAGGCCAGUCGUCUUUGUAUAGAUGUAUAUUAGGCCUCCCACGAGGUUGACCAAUAAAUAAAAUUUAUGUCACUUUGAAAUAUCACAAGGGUACACUGUAAAAAAAGAAGAAAGUCAGUCUUUGUUGACCAAUGCGAGAGCAAGAUAGGACCGUCUAAUUUUUCAUAUUUUUGGGGGGACUGCGUGCCCUCCUUUUUUCAACCCAGCACGUCAAAGAGUUUUCUGAGUUCAACUUUUUUCUUUUUUUUGCAUUUUCUUUUUUGGAAAUUUAAACACAAGCACAAGAGCUUGAUUUUUUUACAACACAAAAAGUUUAACUUUUUGGAAAAACAACACGUAGUUUUAAAAAGGAAAAAAGGAGAAAAAAAGCAACAAUCCCCCGUCACUGAUUCAGUUCAUUUCUUUGUCUCGAUAUUAGCAGACAGACAGACAGAAAAGAUUUGCUCACAGUAGCCGUGUUUCCAUAAGAUUGUCAAACAAAUUUGAAGCAGCCUUUUGAAUAAAAGUUUCCAUUAACUGAUCUGAAGUGAAUAAACGUGCCUGAAGGUGGCAAUGUGGAGCAAAAGAGGCAGAAACAAAACAAUUAAAUAAACCUUUUAAAGAAGAGGCAUACAAACUUCUUGUGUUUAGUUUGUACUGCAGCUGCCCUUCAAAGUACUGUUUCUUUGCAGUAUGCACAAUGUUGGAACGUAAAAGUUUGUCAUAAUAUCGCGCCUUAUACUUUCAUGUAGCCGCACAGAGGAUUGUGCAUAAGAAUAGCUAGAAAAGCAUGCUAGCUUGCAAACUGCAAAUGCUGACUCAACAUAGUAGAACAUCAGGGUAUUUUUGGAACAUUUAAUGUUUCUUACAGUGGAACAUGCUCACUGCAACAAACCCUUUGUGCUUCUACAAGAGAAAAGUGGAAAAAGUGUUCAGGAACCAGUUUUCAAUCUAAGAAAUUCACAACAAACAUUUACAUUAGUUAGUAUUUACUGUCUGGAAAUGAAAAGAUGUUUUCAUAAGAUUGGAAUGCGAAUUUGAAGCCAAAUGAAAUGUUGUUUCCAUUUACUGAUUUGAGGCGAAUAAACACACCUGAAGGUGGCGAUGUAGAGUAACAGAAAAAUGUCACAAAACAACUGAAUUUGCCCAGGCUUUCAUUCUAGCUUGCAAACUGCAAAAUGUGACUGUGUGUAGCUGAACACCCUGGUUUAUGAUUUUGUGAUUUGGGUCUUUUUCUCGUGUUCUAUAUACAGCUUUGUUUUUCUGCAAGAGGAAAGCAGAAAGACGUUUUCAGGAACCUGUUUUCAAUUUGGAACAUUGUCAUUAUUCUUUCACGUUAGCUGGUAUUUAUGUGGCUUCAUGUUGUCUAGAGACAGAAAGGUAUUUUCAUCCAAUAUCACUCACAGAACAACUUUGCUCAACAUGAAUCACUACAAUGAAAGGAAAGAAGUUGCACAAAUGCUGUAUUUUAAUUUCGGCCUUAACUCUUGUUUUUUUCCACACAUCAUGCCAUGAGCUCAUGAUGUGAGCUCUGUAUGCCAUGGCUUGUAGUACACUGUUAUGGAUAUUCUAACAAGUGGAUAGAAGUCUUCAGGAUCCUGUUUUCAAUCAUGUAAACUGUCAUGUCUGUUCGGCCAUGUUUCUCGCUGUCUGGAGACAAAGUGGUGUUUCCAUCCAGGGCAUGUGAGGGGAGCGGUAAUAACUUCCAUUAUCGCUCAACUCAGAUUUCACUCCUAAGAAUAUAAAUGACUCACUGUUAGCGCUAACAAAAGAAAAGAACACUGCAUAUGUUCUGUAUUCAGUUUUACCUCCAACACACCUGGUUCCUUCCCAUGUUAUACUUUGAGCUUAUGACAUUAGCGGCAUUGGAACAAGUUAUGGCAGCGCUCCGGCUUUUAAAAAAAUUCGUCCGAAAUCAUUCAUUUCUACCGUUUCCACCUUCCAUGAGUCACAUUAACUCCAAAACCAUCUCAAGCUUGCAUUAAGUUGACCCAAAUUUCAAUUUUUUCUAAAGUGACACUUGAAAACACCUUAUGGAAACACGGCUAGUUAACCUCGUGCAUCUCUGCGAAUGUGAAAUUAGCCAAUCAGUCUGAUCUGUCGGGACACCAACACCAACGCUCAUCCUCCGUUUCCGGACUCCUCCUCCAACGGCGGCGCCAGCAUGACUUUGGAAACCCGUUUCCAAGCUGCAUGCACAUUUUUGUAAAACAGAUACAGGAAAAAACAAAAAGAUACCGAACUAGAUACGUGUGUUAGUUCCACAUACUGUUGGGCCGCUUGUAUGUUGCAUGCAGUUGUACAGUUUGCUCGUACUUGAAUAUUAGAGAUAAAACCAAGAAACUGAAGCCAUUCCCAUUAAAGACAUCCGAAACUCCACGUCCUCUCAGUCCGGUGCUGAAUGUCUCUCGAGCUGAAAUCCCCAAGAUUACGUUGAUGUCUUUCCUCGAACCCUCUGGAAGAUGUACUGCAGACCUCACAGCGCCCUCUACUGUUAGUCCACGUCAUAGUAUACCUCCAAGGGGCUGAGACAGAGAAACACGUACAAAUCAGACCCACUGAUAAUGAUUUCAGAUCACACACGAGCUGAUGAGUUGAGAAUAAAUGAGUCGCUCACUGUAAAUAUCAGCUCACUGGGUUUUCAUCGGUGAAAAUCGCUAAAAAAAAAAAAAGGGGGGCCAAGUCAUACAGCGAGUCGGGACCAGAACGCAUGGACUCGGGUCAGAACCGCUGCUCCAAAACACCCGGUCUACGUCCCAUUUCAGAGGAGAUUUUUUUCUUUUCAUUGUCCGGUGAAGCUGGUUUUUCUUUAUUUUUUUGUUUUCCUUCGAUUUUCUUUAUUUUUCGUCAGUAUUAACAGGAAAAAAAACGCUGAUUGUUUACAACUUCUGUGUUCCACUGAAACGACAAGAAAAUUAGAAAAAAGUAAAGCAUUCACUGCAACAUUUCUUGUUUGUAUAACAGAUGUGGCUCAAAUGAUGUGUAUGUUUUAUAUAUAAAAAAGUUCAUUUUUAUUAUUUACAAAUAAAAAAGAAUGUGUGGAAAAACAA